AAAGCCUUCUCAUUAAUUAGGACUGCCAGAAAGCAGCCACCCGAAGGUUCAAAAUGAGUGCUCCAUUAAUUCCAAACAAGUCGUGUUAUACCCAGCUUCAAGACAACCGCAGCGAAAUAAAGAAUAAUAAUGAAAGCAUAGUAAACGUGGGGGAUACCAAUGCCAACCAAAUCGUGGCACAAGUUAGAACCACUGGAGGUGAUGCCAAGAAAUGUGGUUUGACAGAUGACGGUGGGAAUAUACAUCCGAGCACAGAGCAGAAUAAACUUCUGGCCUUUACAGAGUCUCCAACACGUGACAGCGGUGUACAGGAAAGCAAGCGGUCCCCCAUCUCAAAUAGGGAAAUGGGGAAGGACAGUAGGGCCAGUGAAGCAAGGGAUAUAUCGAGGCAUAUCAGGAUCAGCCGAGGACAAAGUCUGUCCAAUUUGAAAAGCAGCACAAAUGACGCCAACCUUGGGGUUGUUUCUAAAGGCGAUACGGACUUCACCCAGAAUUUUUCUAAGGGUAAAAUGGUCAGGACUGUGGAGAUGGAGAGGAUAAAAAGGCUUUCUUUAGGAAGACCAAGUAAGCUUUCUGCUCAAACUGAACCAUUUGCUAAAGAAUGUGCUGGGCGUGUGUCAUGUAAACGUUUGCUGUCUGCAUCACUUGAUUCUAUCGACAGGUCGCACCAUUUGAUUGGAAAUACGGAGAAAUCACAAAAAACAUCCACGGAUCAUUUUCUCGGGAUGGUGUUUCAUCCGCAUGACAAUACCUCAGAGGAAAAUACUGCGUUUCGUUCUAAACCAUCUACCUCAGGGAACAAGAAAAUAUCUAAACCAGAAACCCAGAUGGAUGUGCAAAGUGUACCAAAUGUUAACACUGAAAGCACACUGCAAACUUCUGCUGAUUUGCAUUCAACUAUUAAGCCCACUGAGAUUGCUAGUAAAUCAGAAGCACAAUUAGGUCAGGGGGAUAAAAGUAAAAAACUGGAGUUUAAAACUGUAUCAUCUCUACAAUCUAAAAACAUAUGUCAACAAAAGAUUGAGAGAAUUAUGCUGGUAGAAUUUCUGGGGUGUCAAAAAGAGGAACAUGUAAUAAUGCAAGAAAAGAAAGGUUCUAGAUCUGAUGCAUCAAAAUUUCAAGCUUCCAAUUUCCCAGACAUCUGUAAUAAAGUAGAGGAUCCAUUGCCAAGUCAGGUGGUCACCCACUCCAGUGACAAAUUGCAAAGUGAUAGCAACACUGGGCACAGAGCAGGAGGAGGCAGCAGUGAGACUGACAGCAGGGCAACUAUUGGUGAGGAAUAUUUCACCAACAAAGAAGUGGAAUCAGUAUUCCCACCCAUUUGUGAUAGCAAAGAAACACUUGGAAAAAAUGAAAAUUCAUGUAAAGUUGACACAGUUUGCUGUGAAAUGGUGGGUGAGCAGGAAUCUCUUAUGCACAAUAAUAAUCUAUCUGAGAGCAAACCGUUGAAAGCUAAUGAGGAUAAACCGAUGCCGCUCAAAGGAAACAGUGAAGAUGCCCCUGUGCUGCCUUCCGAUCUCUCAGAUCAGCCUGGAGUGCUCAGUACAGAAACAGUAUCAAAUGAACAGCGUAGCAACGAGGACAGUGGGGUGAAAACCUCCAGCUCGUCAGCUCCAAGUAAAAAGACAGCUAUUGCAAAGAAACACCUUUCAUACGAAGCACCAGAGAGCUACAAAAUCGCAGCAAAGGCUGAAGCCUUUCUGUGCGUCCCAACUCCCUUGCGCCCGGUGGCCACUCUGAAUGUCAAUAACCAGCCCGCGCUAUCCAACAGCAACCUGAAGGACCUUUAUGCACUUCCUGUUGACAAACUGUCACCCCCCACAGUCCUACCUCCCAUUGACAGCACACAGUUGUUAAGCAUAUCCCCUAAAGUGCCUAUCAUCAAGACUGUUUGCAGCAGUGCAAUCCCCAAACCCAUCUUGGUCCACUCCAAGGGCUCCCUCGGAGAUAAGGCUGAUGUGGACAGUGAUUGCAGCGAAAAGCUGGAGGAAAGCAUCGAGAUGAAGCCUGCCAUACCCAAGCCCAAACAUGUGAGACCUAAAAUCAUCACUUACAUUAGGAGAAAUCCUCGUUCAAUAGAUCAGCUUGACCCUUCAUUUGCCUCUGCAGGGCUGCCAUAUGGCGCCCCGGCAUGUGGCAUGCCCAUCUCUAAGGAAGAGAAGGCAUCAAAUGGAGGCGAUGCGAAGCCCCCCAGCAUCCUGUAUGACAAAUAUAAACCUGACCUCCAGAAGCCAAGGAUCUUUAGUUCUGGACUUGUGGUUUCAGGAAUUAGGCCCCCUGGUCAUCACUUUGGACCAAUGAGUGAAAAAUUUCUACAGGAGGUUGGGGAAAGGCCUGUGAAAGAUGAAUUUUGUCCUCCACCAUAUACUCACUAUGAAGUCCCACCGAGUUUCUAUCGAUCUGCCAUGAUACUUAAGCCACAGUUAGGACUGGGUGCAGUUUCAAGGCUACCAUCUGCAAAGAGCAGGAUUCUCAUUGCAAGUCAGAGAUCCUCAGGCUGUCUCCAUCAGCCAGGAGAAAUGACAAGUGCUCCCAGCCUCUAUCAUCCUGAUGCUUCAG